CCAACUCCACUUGCGGACUUUUUGCUGUAACCUUGUCGCGAUCUUGCGGAGUGGUCUGUUCUUUUUGUUAUGGCGCAAGAUUUGCGUUGAAUUCUAUAGAGUUUAUAUAAAGACUUCCCGCUCCGCGUCUAAAACAGUGAUGUGACCCUGCUUUCUUAAGAAUUAGACCGAUUGUUUACAGCACUUAUAAUUAAUAUUCCAAAAUGGCUCCUCCAAGAUACGGAAACGAGGUCGUUGGCCCUGCGCCUCUAUUGCAACCUCUCGACUAUGUUUUCGCUAAGCGACAAGCGCCCAACCGCUUCCUCAAGGCAGCAAUGUCUGAGAAGCUUGCCACAUGGGACCCCAAAGAUGUAUCUGCCCGAGGAUAUCCUACUCCAGAACUCAUCACCCUCUAUAGAAACUGGGGUGCUGGUGGCUGGGGCACCAUUCUGACCAGCAACGUUAUCAUUGACGGUAUCAACCUCGAAGCUCCCGGCAACCUCAUCAUUCCUGCCGAUGAGCCCUUCGAGGGUCGUCGCUUUGACGGCUUUAAGGAGAUGGCCACUGAGGCCAAGAAGAACGGCAGCCUUUUGGUCGCUCAGGUCUCUCAUGCCGGUCGCCAAGUCGAGGAUUGGGUUAACCCCCAUCCCAUUAGUGCCUCAGACGUCCAGCUCGUCAACUCUGGUAUGUCUGGACGUACUUUCGCCGCUCCUCGACCCGCUACCAAGGAGGAUAUCGCCAACAUCAUAAACGGUUUCGCUCACGCCGCUGAGUUUCUUGACAAGGCUGGUUUCGACGGCAUUGAGCUCCACGGCGCUCACGGCUAUCUCUUGGCUCAAUUUCUUUCCCCUCGCACCAACAAGCGAACCGAUGAGUACGGCGGUAGCCGCGAGAACCGAAUGCGCAUUGUUCUCGAAGUUUUUGCUGAGAUUAAGCGUCGCGUGAGCCCUAACUUCAUCGUUGGUAUCAAGGCCAACUCUGUUGAGUACACCCCUGGCGGUAUUGAUAUCGAAGACGUCAAGGCCUUUGCUGCCGCUCUCGAGAAAGCCGAGGUUGAUUUCAUUGAGCUUUCUGGAGGAAACUACGAGAAGUUCGCCUUUGCUCACGAGCGGGAAGAGAACAAGAAGCGAGAGAACUACUUCCUUGUUCAAGCCGAAGAGAUCGUCAAGGUUUUGAAGCGCGAUAUCAAGAUCUUUUCCACCGGAGGUUUCAAGAGCAUCAAGGCGAUGGUUGAUUCUCUUCAGGUCAUCGACGGUGUUGGUAUCGGCCGCGCAAGUGCCCAAGAGCCUAGAUUCGUCGAGAUGCUCAAGAAGGUCUCAAUUCCUGGAACAAUGGAGCAAAGGUACGACCACGAUGAUGUUGUCAAGAGGCUCGCUGCAGCUGGAAUCCAAAUCUCACAGAUUGCCAAUAACUUGGAGCCUGUGGAUUUGAGUAAGCAGGAGAACGCUGAUGGUCUGUGGAAUGACGUUAUGCAGUACUUCCAGCAGGCUGCUCAAGAUACGGAGCAUAAGCUGUACAAGUGGCCUGCUCUGUCGCAGGUAGCUCAACCGUAUGGAGAGUUGGAUUUAUGACUAGCGAAAAUAUGAUUUAGCGAAUUAGAAUAGAAUGAUAGCUUGAUAUAUACGGUUGAUUGAGUCCGCGGGCAAUGGAGAAACUCUAUAACUUCAUUCACGUGAAUCCGGGUCGGCAUAUUUGAGUUAAGCUUCUCUCGUAAGCUUACCCCCCUGCGUUGGCAUCGGCAGUUGCAAGACCAGGGGGUAAUCACUACGAACGGUAUCCUGUAGCCUGCACGUCUGGUCUAGACCGUCUGACACCUCGCCAGGCCUCAGGAGGCAAGAAAACAGGGGACCUUAGUAAGGGCCUAGGUUCUCUCUGCUGGAAUAAGCUCACAGCCACAAAUCUCAACUGCAAAUAACACUUCUAGCCCACAACUUAGACAUUAAUACUAUAAUGACUGACUAAUAGCUAC